AUGGAAAGUGUACAGCCAGAUGAAACAUUAGGAGAAGAGUUUAAUAAAGUGCAAUUUGAUGAUAAACAACCAGGAAUAUCUCUCCAUGCUUUGGUGGGUUCACAAAAUUCCAAAACCAUGAGAAUUAAGGGGAAGGUGAUGAAUCAAUUGAUUGUAGUGCUGAUAGACUCAAGAAGCACCCAUAACUUCUUGGACCCUUCAGUGGUGAAGAAAAGGAAUAUCCCAGUGCUGGAAGAGGAAAGGGUGAGGGUCAAGGUGGCCAAUGGUGAAGAAAUUUCCACUGAGGGAAGGCUCUGUGGAAACCGUUCCUCCCCUCUGAGGAAUUGUUUACAGUAUUUCUCUUACUAUCUUGUUACAUCGGGCUUCACAAAAACUCAACCAAAAACCUCUACCAACGCGAUCAUCCUCACAGAAAAUGAAUUUAUGCUUCUGUCAAAUGUUAUUUCCCACAAAGCUCCCUAAAACCUGCUAAUUUUUGGGCUUGUACCCCAAUAUCUAUACCUGUCACAAAUCAAUACAUGUGGCAUCACCAUCUUUCUAGAGGAUGAAUACAAUACCUAGAAACAAAUCAAUGCAAAUUCAAAUAGCACUCGAACGUACAAGGUUGAAUACCAGAUACUUGGAAAGAAGGCUUACAAGCUGCUCAAGCAUGCAAGGCAGAAUUCAGCCUGUGCACCUAGCUAAGGACUGCUUCAAGAAUCAAAAUGCCAGUUUGCAUUGACAACCUUGCCACAAGAUGUAUAUCAACAUAAUUGGGAUUUGACGCUGGUGGAUGGACCGAGUGGAGAUACACCAUUGGAACCAGGUAGGAUGGAAACAAUCUAUAUUGCUAGUAUGAUACCAAGAUCUGGGAACACAAUAGAUGUAGUCAUACAUGGCGUCCAUAGAAUGAUUGAAAGGUGGUUUUCAUGGAGUUUUCUAUGCGAGGAGAACUUGGUUUCUUCCAAAGGGAAACAAUGGGUUUUCAGGAUCAGAGGUCAAUUAAAUUCUACAACGUUUUUCACUACUAAAACUGUUGUGAUAGAGUAA